AGACACAGCCGAUAGCAACCACAGUAUAGCCAGAAUUUGGAUGGUUCUGCUACCUUGAUAAAACGUGUCAUCAUGGAGUACGAAGAUGUAUUGCGAGAGCACCUCGGUGAGUUCGGCAGGUACCAGAAACUGGCAGCCUUGCUCACCGUCUUGAUCGGUCCGUCCGUCGGUGCAACCAUGUUCGCCCAGGCUUUCCUAGCGGCCACACCGGCGCACCACUGCCGCUUUUACCAGAACGACUCCUCGGCGAUGUACGGCCACCCUUCCGAGAGGCUCAGCUCCAGCGUUCCCAUGGAAAACGUGGACGGCACGUGGAGAUACAGCUCCUGUCUGAUGUACAACGGAAGUGGUGAAACGUCGACGGAGAGUAACCAAACUGUGACCUGUAGCCACGGCUGGGAGUACGACCAGAGCGUGUAUCACAGCACUGUUGUUACAGACUACGACCUUGUGUGUGAGCGACACUGGUUAAAGGAACUGGGACAGUCCAUCUUCAUGGUGGGGGUGGCCGCUGGGGGACUCAUUUCAGGAACGACAUCGGACAGAUUCGGUCGCCGUCCCACAGUUGUGGCCUGUAUAGUGAUACAGCUGAUUUCAGGACUGGCUGCUGCCUUCACCACAGAUUACGUCACCUUCCUCGUUCUCCGCCUGCUUGCCGGCGGGGCUGCCAACGGUGCCUUCUACGUCGGCUUGACUCUAGGUAUAGAAGUCGUCGGCUCUUCCAAGCGGAAUGUCGUGGGAAUGACGAUUUCUUCCAGCUGGAACCCAGGAGCUGUCUUUCUCGCAGGUCUUGCGUACUUCUUGCGUGAUUGGUGGAGUCUUCAGUUGGCCGUGUCUCUCAUGUCGGUGCCCCUCCUCUCGUACUGGUGGCUUCUCCCUGAAUCACCAAGAUGGCUCCUCAGUAACAACCGGAUCAAGGAAGCCAAAAUAAGCAUCCAGAAAGCAGCCAAGUUCAACAGGGUCACCAUACCGGAUGAUGUUUACGAAAAAGUCAUCACAAAAGCGAAGGACAAAGAACCUGGGGAAAAGUGUAAGAAGUACAGUCUGGUCGACCUGUUCCGGGGUCCCCGUCUUAGGAGAUUCACAGUAACAGUUUCAUUAGUCUGGUUUGCUACAGUGGUUGUGUACUACGCCUUGAUCAUUGGUUCUGCCGACCUUGCCGGUGACCCCUACCUGAACUUCGUCCUGGGCGCACUACUGGAGUGGGGGCUGUCGUUUGUGGGCUUGGUUGCCAUGGAGAAGUGGGGGAGGAGGCCUGUGGUUGGUGGAUUUCUGUUUCUGACAGGAGCCGCCUGUCUGGCAGUGGCUGCAACGCCAACAGAACGACGAGAUGUUAUUCGGUACAUCUCCCUGCUCGGGCGGUGUGCUAUCGGCGUCGCCUUUAAUUGCCUGGCCGUGUACUCCCCUGAGGUGUUCCCCACCGUAGUCAGGACGAUGGGUGUGGGUGUGGCCAACAUGUGGUCCCGUGUAGGCGGCAUCCUGUCCCCGUUCGUGUCCCUGCUGGCGGACGUGUGGCCGCCCCUCCCCAUGAUCACGUUCGGGAUACUCUGCACUCUCGGCGGGGCCGGAGUCUUCAGCCUUCCCGAGACGUUCGGUAUCCCUCUUCCGGAUACACUUGAAGAUGGCGAAAACUUGGGAAGAAAGCAGCCAACAAAGAUUGUAAAAACAGACAGGAGAACCGCAUCCAAACGCGACUGUGACGUGAUCCGGGACAAUGGUGUUUUCUAUCUUACAUGAAUUUUGAAAUGUUCAUAUCGGUUCACGCAUACAUGUGUACACGUAUCUCUCAAUGUCAACACCAAGUCGACGGUUACUUGAAGUGGAUCAGGAUACAUAUACAUGUACAGUAGGUUAUCGAUAUCAAUAUAUCUAUCACCCUCCAUGUUAAUUUUGGAAUUCCAGUUUAAUUCCAGACGAACCCUAAUCAUUUGAAAAUCGAUGUACCAAAUUGAUUAAUAUUUGUAUAUAGAUUAUUGUAGUAUAUUAAAAGAUUAUUGAUAUGUAGAUUGCAAUUAGAUGUCUCCAGAAACAAAGCAAAUUCUGGAGAAUUCUGAAGAAUAAUGGCCGAAUUCUCCAGAAUUCCGGCUCAGGUUCCCAGGAUGCUGAAGAAUUCCCCAGAAUUCUGUUCAACCUCUCCAGUUCAAAAACUAUUGGUUGUGCAACAAUCAUGUACUCUUCAUCUGAGUUGUCUGAUGAAGACAUUUGUGAUGUUUUAGUACCGCUGGUAAGAGAACAAUAUGUUUGCCUGCUUCAUGUCGACCCGCACGGAUAUACACGCACGUAUAUGUUUUGUCAUGUUCACUGUAGUGGUCGUUAUCAUUUGCAG